GGGUUAACCUCUCUGAAUGGCAAUCGCAAUGCCUGAUCAAGCCCGGACCCCGUCGCGGUACCGCGUUGCUCGGUGCGGGCCGUUCAUUCUACUGUCGGCCCCGACAUUCCGGCCGUGUGCCGUGUCGUUGAAGUCUCUUCGGGCUUACGGUCCGCUUCCUGCAGAUCGUUUUUCGAUGCUGAUCGAUGAUUCUACGUGUUGCUGGAACGUCGCUGCUUCUGUAUUGAAAUCUUUCAACAGCGGUGGGAAGCAUGUUUCUAUCUGGCUUGCAUCGACGUACGAUGCGUAGAUGAGGCUUAAUGCGCUGGCAAGGGCCCUCUGAUAGCCUUGUGCUCAACAAGCCGAGGGGAAGCGCAUGAUAAGACGGUCGGAUUUUCCGCGCCAUCUUCCCGCAAUUUGCUUCGCGCUUCCUUUGCCAGAGAUUUGGUGACUGCCACCAAGGCGCGGGUUCGGGCUGGUUUAAGGGACACUAGCGUGCGCCUGGUGG